CAGACUUAGAAGUAACAUCAAAGGAAGAUCACAAUAAAUUUGAUGACAGGAGAAAUAUCCAGACAUUGAGAAUCUAUAAGGACCUUCCAAAUGUUUCUGGCAAUGUGUCUGCGACAGUAGACUCAAGAAGAAAGACAAAUGGACAAGCAAGAGGAGGACCAAAUAUACAAUUGACAUCAGAGGAAGAACCAGAUAGUCACAAUGGCUCUGGAAAGAAUCCAUCACUGAACAUCUUUAAGCAAAUUCAAACACAGAAUGUUGGUUAUUUAUCAAUGGCUAAAGAUCAAAGAGGAGAAGAAACAGUGGUAUGUGUGGAAAAAGGAUUUUCUAAGGAAUGUCCUCAAUCAAAGCCUACCAUUGUAAAGGAACAAUAUGUCACAGUGCAACCAUUCUUAGCAGACACCCCUAAAGACUAUCCUCUAUCAAAGCCUACUGUUGAGGAAAAUGAUUCUGUUCCAAACAAAGAUGCUGAUAUAAAGCAUGGGAAAUGGUUCCAAGAAGACUGUCCUAAUGAAUAUGUUCAAUUGAAGCUUCCCAUUGAAGGGAAAGAUUCUUUUGUGGGUGAAGCACCAGCAAAAAAGCAAGUAAAAUCAUAUUGUUCAGAAUCAUCCGGAAAAGUGGCAUCAGAGGAAGAACAAAAAUGUCAUGACGACCCAGAAAAGGAAGAGAGAGUGGGUGUGCUCAAACAACCUCAACCAAGGGACAUUGCAUAUUUAUCUGUGGCUAAUGAUGAAAGCAGAGAAAAUACCAGAGAGGGCCAAGAGGAAGAGUCCCCAGAACAACAUCGUCAGUGGAAGUCCAUGCAGACUACAAUAGAAAGAGAAGACUCUGCUUCGAGUGAAGUAUCAGCAACGAGGCAUGUGAAAUCCUUCCUCACAGCCAAGCCAACCAUAAAAGCGUCAGAACAAGAAUGGUGUGGUGGCAGAAAUGUCCAAGGACAGGACAUUAGCAAUUUAUCUUUGGCUGAAGAUCAAAGAUAUGAAAGGACAAGACUUGAUGCAGAGAAAGGUCAAAUUGAGAAUAUCACUGGGAGAGAAGUAGUGAAGAUUAAGAAAGACAGAGAAGGGCUGGAAAUACGGCUCAAAUCAGAUGUACUCUUGUCAUCAGAGGAAGAGAAAGAAUGGCCUGAUGACUGUGAAGGGGAACAUCUAAAGCAACCUCAACCAAAGGGCACUGCACAUUCAUCCAUGGCUAAAGAUGAAAGAGGAGCAGAUGUCAUAAGUGACCAAGAGAAAGGCCUUUCUCCUGAAUAUCCUGAAUUAAAGGAUGCCAUUGAAAAACAAGAUUCUGUGUUAACUAAAGACUCAACAGUGAAUCAGGAAAAAUCAUUAAUGACAGGGGCAGAAACUGUACAACUGAGGUUGGAGGAAGAACAGACAGAAUGGUGUGGUAGUAACAAGAAGCAGAGGAAGCAACUUCAACCGAAACGGAAUGAUCAAGUGUCUUUAGAUCCUGAAAAACAUGUGAAAAAUUCAGGAGUUGCUGAAGAGAGAGGAGCCACAACAAUACAACCGGGGCCAAAGACAGAACAAACAGGAAGAUUUGUCAGUGACAAGAAGCAGAGGAAGCCCAUCUUUGAGCGAUUUCAACCAAAGUGGAGUGCUCAGGCGUUUAUGGGUCCUGAAGAAAGUGGAGAAAACACAGGAGCCACUGAAGAGAAAGGAGCCACAACAGUACAACCAAGGCCAAAGACAGAACAAGCAGGAAGGUUUGGCAGGGACAAGAAGCGGCGGAAGUCCAUCUUCGAGCGAUUUCAACCAACGUGGAGUACUCGGUUGUUUAUGGGCCCUGAAGAAAGUGGAGAAAACACAGGAGCUGUUGAAGAGAAAGGUGCCACAACAGUACAACUGAGGCUGGAGGAGGAACAGACAAAAUGGAAUGGCAGUGACAAGAAGCCGUGGAAGCCUGUCUUUGAGAGAUUUCAUUCAAAGUGGAGUGCUCGAGUGUCUGUGGGUCCCGGAGAAAGUGGAGAAAACACAGGAGCUGCUGUAAAGAAAGAAUCCUCUGUAUUAUCUCCAAUAGAAGAGCAAACAGAAUUUCACGGCAGUGACAAUCCACAGUUGCAUAACCUGGAGCAACUUCAACCCAAGUGGAGUGAUCGGGUAUGUGUGGAGACAAAACAAGGAGGGGACAACACAGAUGCUGCUCAGAUGACAUACCCUUCUGAUGAACAUACAGAAUCUAAGACUACCAUUAAAGAGCAAGAUUCUGCACCUGCUGAAGACUCAACAACGAAUCAUGAAAUACUUAUGUCAGAAGAAGACUCACAAAUGGAAUCAGAGGAAAAGCAAAGAAGUCAUAGCUAUGAAAAUAUUCAGUCAAUUCAUAUAUUUAAACAUCUUCAACCAAAGGGUAAGGAUAAUUUAUCCAUGACUAUGGAUCAAAGAAGCAAGAAUAUUGUAAGUGGAGAAGAGAAAGCAGAGCCAGACUUAGAAGUGGCAUCAGGGGAUGAUCAAAACAGAUGUUAUAGAAGUGAGAGUGAUCAAUCGUUGGUUGAAAAAACAAAGACACAUGGAGCAAGCAAUGGAGUAGACAUAGCAAAAUACCCCUGUGAAGCUGCUACCUCUUUUACUGCUUCUGCUGAUGCUGGUAUUGCUGCUUCUGCCCUGGAUGAACUAGUUCUACAAAGAAUACCUGGAGAAAUAAAAAACCAGAGAUUUCUUAUUAAGGAGCAUGCAAUGCAUGAUGGACCCCGAAAGAAAACAUCUAAGAAAAAGCAUAAGAUAACAAAAGAAAUAAGAGCUAUGGGUGACACAACUCAAUCAUCUAAAUCAGUCUCAGAGGAUGAUUAUGGAAGCUCGUUAAAAAUACAGGACUCACUUAAUCUAUACAAUGCAUUAGUAGAUCUUAAAAAAAUGAACAAAAUACUUACGAAAAAUAAUAAAAAAUUGGAAAAUAAGAAUAAUGCUCUACAGAAGGAAAUAUCAGAAACAAGAGAGGAGAUAUCAAAUUUACAAGAUGAAAUCGUGAAAUGGACUGAAGAGUUCAGGAACCUGAGGUUUACUUUAAGGAAAGAACUUGAGGAGACAAGAAAUAUUCUUUGCUUUUAUAAAAAUAUUAAGAAACAUUUAAGUGAAAUAGAAAAACAAUUCAACGAAAGAGUCGCAGUGACACAGCUUGGGAUAUAUCUGAGAACACGAGAUAUGGGACUGGAGAAUGAAACAAACUCCUUGAAAGAGUUUCUGGAAGCACAAGAUGCAUACAUAGAGACUCUAAAAAUUGUUCAGAAGCUGAAAGAUCAUUUACAAAGGGUUGAACUUGAACAUUCUAAGUUAAAGGUUAAAGCAAAAGAUCAAGCUAAGAAAAUUGAAGAACUUCGUGGAUGUCUGCAUAACUCGUGUGAAAAGCUGGAACAAGAUGAAAAAUUGACACAGGCAGGUGCUCAAGAAACUUUGGGGGAAUUAUGUGAGAACACCAUUCAUUCCCCAGUGAAUCAGACAGGAAUUCAAACCCAAAGUCGGUGGUCUGAACCCACUCAAAUGAAAACUGUACAAGAGUCAAAUAUAAGUGCCCCGGAAAGUUUUGAACAACAGUGUAUAGAAGAAUUAAGGAUUAACAAUGCAUUGUUAUGUGAACUAUACAGGAAUAGGAGGCUAAGUGAAUCCUGUGCACAAGUUCACAUCUCGGUGGAGCAGGGCACUCCUCUGAAUACAUCCGGAACAAGGUUUGCUCUUGAGAGCCCUUGUGUGGCAAGCACCUGCCCUCGCAGACACUUCUUGCCAUGUGAAAACAUGACUCUCCCAGGAAACCCAAGGUCUUCUGAGGACUGCAUUCGAAGCUACCCAGUGGAGAUGGAAGAUGAGGAAAAAUCAAUCAAAGAACUUACCAAAUUAAAACAGUAUUUAAGAUGUAAUUUGUAUCAGCAGCAGCAGAAAAAUGAUGAACUAGAAAAGGAGAUCCUUAGAAUUAAGAAAUUCUUGAAAAUGAGAAAAAUUGGGCAUGAAAUUGGAGAAUGUAGUUCUCAUGGAAACUCAAGAACUGGUCAUUUUUGAGACACAAGGAAUAUGGUUAGACUUUGUCACAUGACUGGGUGAACAGAUACUCCAUGCUUCCACUGUGGAUACAAGACUCAAUGUGGCAGUCUUGAUGUGUUCUAGAGACAUCUUCUGGGACCACAGAAUGUGUAUUGAACAUCCAGCUAAUUCUUCUAACUCCAGCUUUGGAAACUUGGCCCCUCAUCCAGGCACCAUCUACCAGCAAAGAUGACAAAGCAUUGCCUUAAACUAGAUUUGUAAUUAAACAGUAAAUUAUUUCAAAAACCUU